CCGAGACUCCAUGCCUCUGGGGCAGUGAGAGAAGGCGGAUUGAAAGCCUCUUGGGCAGGCUCGCAUCCCACCUGCCCGGACUCCUGGGGAGCCAGCCUCGCUGGGCUUGACCUUGUUUUAUUUUUGUUGUAUUUUCUUUUAAUCUCGCAUGUUUUUGAAAUCUUUUAGAAUUUCUUAGCAAUUCGCAGUCAUGGAGGUAACACAGCCCAAGGACCUGCAGGAGGACUUUGUCCUCGCCAAAAGAAGACAUGCGGAGCUGGUCAGGCAGAAACGGAUUUUCAACGCCAGGAACAGGAUCAUUGGGGGUGACACCACGGCCUGGGAUGCUCAGGUUUGUGACCAGAACAUAAAAGCAGCAACUGAAAAAGCGAGAGAGGAAGCCUUUGCUGCUGAAAUGAGACAAAAUGACAAGAUCGCAUGCAUAACAGAAAACCGGGAAAGGAGAGAUAGGAAAAAUCUCUGUAAAGCUAUCAAUGAUUUCCAACAGAGCUUUCAGAGGCCGGAAAUGCGCCGUGAAUUUGACCUCUCUGACCCCUUGGCCCUUAAGAAGGAUCGUCCAGCCCGGCAGUCAGAUCAUGAUGCUUGGAAUACAAUAUCAGGAAUGCAGAAAUUCAUGGGGGAGGAUUUAAACUUCCAUCUGAGGAAGAAAUUCCAAGAGGAACAAAACAGGGAAUGGUCCCUGCAACAGCAAAAGGAACGGAUGAUUGGCCGGGAGAACCAAAAAUGUGCAGAGGAUCUCUACUUGAAGACAAGGCUGCAGUUUGAUGAGACAGCCAAGCACUUACAGAAUCUGGAAACCGCCACCAGGAAGGCGGUUUGUGCAACUGUGAAAGAAUUCAACAAGAAGCAGGCCCUGGAGUCAGCGGAAAAGAAAAUUCAAGAGAGAAAACAAGAACAGGAGGACAACCUAGCCGAGAUCUCCAACAUGCUGCGUGGGGACCUGCUCUCGGAGAACCCGCAGCAGGCAGCCAGCUCCUUCGGGCCACAUCGUGUGGUGCCCGACCGCUGGAAGGGCAUGAGCCAGGAGCAGCUGGAGGAGAUCCGCCUGGUGCAGAAACAGCAAGUCCAGGAGAAGCUGAGGCUCCAGGAGGAAGAGCGCCAGCGAGACAUGGACUGGGACCGGCAGAGGAUUCAGAAGGCUCACGCCACCUUGCUGUUUGAGCGGCAGCAGCAGCGCCUGCAGCGUGGCCUGCGCAGGGCCCUGGACUGCAGCAACCUCAGCCUGGCCAGGGAGCAGCUCCUGCAGAAAAAACAUAUGAAGGAACUCUGUACCAAUCAUGCCACCGAAGACUAUUUCACACAAUUUAAUACAGGAAGUCGAUAAGGAAAAAUUCACCUUCCUUUCCUCUGAACCGUUUAUGUGUAAAGCGCAGUUACCUUGAAGAGUCAUAUCUGUUUAAAAAAAAAAAAAAAAUGCACCCUUUGGUCCAGAAGUACCGUUUGAACUGAAUUUUUCCAUUGUAGACAAAGCUUGAUUAAACCUCUUCCUGUAUUUCUAUGAGGAGGAUUUGUGUCCACUCAGCUCCGCUCCGACUGGCUCCAGAGCACCUCUGAGUGUUGUGGACCCAGGGAUGAAGGCCUGCGAGUUAGACUCUCGGUUCAAGGGGUGCAUCACCCACACUCACAGGCGUCAUUUUGUUUAUUUAAGAGUGUCGUUUAUUUAUUUAAUUUUAUUUGACCGCACCGGGCCUUAGCUGCAGCACGUGGGAUGCUUUGUUGCAGCGCACAGGAGCCUUUAGUUUCAGCGUGCAAACUCUCAUCUAGUUCCCUGGCCAGGGUCGGAACCCGGCCCCAUGCACUGGGACCACAGAGUCUUCACCCCUGGACUUCCCGGGAAGUCCCCACGGGAAUCAUUUUACCUGCUUCACGUGGAAUGAACGAAUGGCUCCCUCACAACAGCCAGGGGCGGGUGUUUUCA